UCUGAGAGGAGGAGUAUCUGUUGCAGUAACAACAUCCUGCAUAUUGGAGCCUGGCGGCGCACACGGCUACAGAAAUAAAGGCAUAGGAAGGCGCUGAUAAUCGCCAAUUCAGUGCACAGAGGCAGGGACAUUAACAUGAACUUGGCUACGUGUUCUUUCGUGCAUUAAUUGUGGAUUUAUUGUCCAUGGCGCCGAUUUAUCCCGAGGCACCGACAAGGUGAUGCGGCAGUGGCAGGACGCGAUCGGUCCGCUACACGGCUGCCAGCUAAAUGCCUUUACUGGAGGAAAAAAAGGCGCAGCACACGUCCGCCGAGGCCGGCAUAUAUAAUAUUAAAAUAGGGCAUUAUGUAUAGAAAGUCAUCGUUCUAUAUAUAGCGUGUAUAUACCCAGUAGUUGCAGUUUAUUUUCAUUAUUGUAUCGGCUGGUCAGUUUGACUCUUGAUAUCCGUCUCCGGUUGCCACGGCAUCAAGCGGAUCAGGCCUGCGCUGAACACCGUUUCCGUGCUAUUUACCGUUUAAUGUGACGGCAACUUUUACGUUUAACGUAAGCAAACGAGCUAAGCGAAUACCUCGAAUGCUAUAAUAUUAGACCAAUCGUAAUCCUCUGCCAAUUUCUUUUACAUUUACAUAACGAGCUUUACUCAAGCUGUUCUUGUAUCGAUAAAAUAUCAGUGUGUUGCAAGUUUAUGGUAAAUAAUACGUCUUAUCGGCGGCGAGGGCGGACUUGCCGUUUAUCGUAAAGAUUACGACUCGACCCAGCCCGCCUUGACAUCAAGAAGCGUUUGGAUCAUGGAUCAGAAUGAUAAAAAGACUCAUACGAGCAAGAGGAAUCAAUUUUUCUGAUCUACAGAACAACCGUCCUUUCUCUGAGAUAAACACACAUUCGGCAGCAAAGCUUGUACUCACCACAAUGAGAUAGUGUUGCAGACGCAAAACCAAAGCCUUGACCCUUGUCCCACCAUAUUCCAAUUCAUUAUCAAAAUAUGACCACGCCGGCUCUUUUGCCACUUUCGGGACGUAGGAUACCCACCCUCUCGCCAGGUGCCUCCUCAUUCCCCCACCACAGAGCCACCUUACGGCUCUCAGAGAAGUUCAUACUCCUCCUCAUCCUCAGUGCCUUCAUCACAUUGUGCUUUGGAGCGUUUUUCUUUCUACCGGACAAUUCCAAACACAAGCGGUUUGACUUUGGUUUGGAGGACGUGUUGAUACCGCACAUCGAGUCGGAGAAAGAGACGAGGCACAGCGGCCAAAAGGUCAUACAUGGUGUGGGGGCACAUGAUGAGCAUCGGCACAGGGAGGAGGAGGAGAGCCUUCGUGACAAGAUACGAGCAGAUCAUGAGCGAGCGCUGCAGGAAGCCAAGGAGAAGCUUCGCAAGUCCAAAGAGGAGCUGAAGGCGGAGAUCCAGACAGAGAAGACCAAGGUGGCUGAGGACCUGAAGAAGAAAGAUGGACCCAAACCACUGCCUCCAGUACCCAUGCCUAAACUUGUAGGGGUCAACGAUGGUGACCCAGGGGACCCUGAUGUCAAGGAAAAAAGGGACAAAAUCAGAGAGAUGAUGAAACAUGCGUGGGACAGCUACAGACAAUACGGCUGGGGCCACAACGAGCUCAAACCCAUCGCCAAGAAAGGACAUUCCACCAAUAUCUUCGGUAAUUCCCAGAUGGGGGCCACCAUAGUAGACGCCCUGGACACCCUGUACAUAAUGGGCCUCCAUGAUGAGUUUAAGGACGGCCAGGAGUGGAUCGAACAAAACUUAGAUUUUAGUGUGAACGCAGAAGUAUCUGUCUUUGAGGUCAACAUCCGCUUCAUUGGAGGGCUUCUGGCUGCAUAUUACCUAUCCGGACAGGAGGUUUUUAAGGUGAAGGCUGUCCAGCUAGCAGAGAAGCUGCUUCCUGCCUUCAACACCCCAACAGGCAUCCCGUGGGCCAUGGUCAACCUGAAGAGUGGUGUGGGGCGAAACUGGGGCUGGGCGUCAGCUGGAAGCAGUAUUCUGGCUGAGUUUGGGACGCUUCACAUGGAGUUUGUGCACCUGACAUAUCUGACAGGAAACCCUGCCUACUAUCAGAAGGUGAUGCACAUACGGAAGCUGCUGGCUAAGAUGGACAGACCCAACGGGCUCUACCCCAAUUACUUGAACCCUCGUACAGGACGCUGGGGCCAGCAUCACACCUCUGUGGGCGGGCUGGGUGAUAGUUUUUAUGAAUACCUGCUGAAGGCUUGGCUCAUGUCUGACAAAACCGACACAGAAGCUCGAAAGACCUACGACGAUGCCAUCGAGGCUAUCGAGCGUCACCUCAUCCGUAAGUCCAACGGUGGUCUUACUUUCAUUGGGGAGUGGAAAAACGGUCAUUUGGAGCGCAAGAUGGGUCACCUGACCUGCUUUGCUGGAGGCAUGUUUGCCUUGGGGGCUGAUGGUUCACCGGAUGAUAAAGCGGGACACUAUCUGCAGCUCGGAGCAGAGAUUGCCCACACCUGCCACGAAAGCUACGAUCGCACUGUGCUAAAGCUCGGACCAGAAGCCUUUAAGUUUGACAGCGGUCUGGAGGCGGUAGCCGUGAGACAGAACGAGAAGUACUACAUCCUGAGACCAGAGGUCAUCGAGACAUACUGGUACAUGUGGAGAUUCACCCACGACCCCAAAUACAGGCAGUGGGGCUGGGAGGCAGCACAGGCCAUUGAUAAAUACUGUCGAGUCAGUGGAGGAUUCACUGGUGUUAAAGACGUCUACUCCUCCAACCCCACCUACGACGACGUCCAGCAAAGCUUCUUCCUGGCUGAAACUCUCAAAUAUCUGUAUCUACUUUUCUCCAGCGAUGAGCUGUUGCCUCUUGAGAGCUGGGUUUUCAACACGGAGGCUCACCCCCUGCCGGUCCUGCACCUGGGUAACAUCACAUUGCCUGGAAGUGAGCCCCAGCGAUAGAGUGGACUCACCGGGGGGGCGUCCUCCCCCCUCAUUCGCCCCUUUUUUGUACGCCUCCCUCCUUCAGAAAGACAGGGUGAAGAAGAGGAGAGAACUUUCUCCACCUAAUACAGUGUCCUCCUGGACUGUAAAUGAUGUGACUGCAGCGACCGGGGGAGACCAAAACAAAUCUGACACUCUUUAUGUACGUCUCUCGCAUAUAUUCUCGCUGAAUCUGCUCACGGAUUUCAGUCACGCGUGUCUUUCCUUGUGACUGUGAACGGAGCGCCGCACGGUCUUACACAUCUGUACACACAACCCUCACAGACAAAACAAACAGCACUGGUACGAUGCUGUCGAUUAUCAGACAAAAUGGACUUUCUGGAUGAUGUGUCACUGGGAAAAGGAUUUUGGCACUUUUGUUUUCCCCUAAUUUGGCAGCAUUUAGUGUUAUCGGCUCAGUGCUAAAUCACAGCAAAAUGAAGGAUAAAUGUAUCUCGGACCAGACAGCCUUUGGAGCCUCACGCUCUCUGAGCUGGAACUGUAGCGCUUUGGGCUUCUGGAAGAUAGCGGAUGUUGGAUGUGACCUCUUGUGAAAUCUCUUUCCAGACGAGGAUAAAUUUAGGCCAGAGGCAGACGGGGAUGAGCCUUCCUCUCUUACCAAGAUUUCUGUGCGCUCUACCCGAACAUUCUGUUGUCUGUAUUCUGCAGGUUGUAAUGCUUUUGGUUUAAGGUUAGUGGGUAUAAAAACUUUGGUUAUUCACAUACAUGUGCUGCUAUUAAACAGCUGCUGCCUGUGAAUCAGCCUACAUCAUACAGGUAUCAUCUGUUCAUUCCUGGAAUAUCUGCAUUUCAUCUCUUUUCAUUCCCAACUUUCUUUGCAUUCAUUCUGUAUCAGUCAUUGAGUCAAUGUCAUUCAUUCUGCAUUUCUAAAGCAGAAGUUUGAUGCGUUUGAUGUUUGGUCCAUCACACAAUUGGUAACAUUUAAUAAGUAGUGUCUUCACAAUGCUUAGUAUACGUUGUCAUAAUUUGUUUUUAUUUGUUAAUCUUGGACCUAAUUCAACAACAGAUUUACCACUAGUUGUAGCCAACAGGAGAGAGAUUUUUAUACAGUAUGUGGCACUUGGAUUUAAGAAAAUACACUGUGCCAUGUACAGGUAAACCAGAAUAAAUCAAAUAUACUCUAAAAUGGUGUUUGCUGAGAGGUUUUGCAUACAACUGCAUUAUAAAAGUAAAUUUAAUACCUCUAUCCUUAAUACCUGGAUUAGUCAAAUGAAGAAACAUGGAUUUUUUGUAAGCAUUUCACUUCACUCCCCUCAUAUGUUUCAGUCAUAACCAGGAUUUUAACAUGGUUAACAUGCAUAACGUAACACUUGGGUGUGUUUUUUUUUUUUUUAAAUAAGAGAGCACGGAGCAGCCAAUCACAAUUACUCUGAUUCAACAAGACCUACAUCCAAUCAUGUUGAAUUUAUUUUGUUUAAUGUUUUUUUGGUUUAAUUCACCUUAAUGAAUAUGAUGUUUCUGUAAUUAUAUGCUCAGCCUUAGUCUGAUUCCUGUUUUUAUUUCUUAUUUUUAUUUAUCGUAUCCGGUCUGUAGAAUGAAGCAUCCUCAAACUCAG